AUGGUUAAAAUUAAAUUUCUAAAAGUCCUUGGGGCUUGCGUCUCUCUGCAGGCCUUUACCGGCCUGGCCUCAGGCGUCGAUGCUUUGGUCACUCCGCGAAAGGAGGAAUCUCCUUCUAUCUUCCCUUCACGGGGAGAAUUUAACUCUCAUCAUUCCUUACUCAAUGAGGCGACCCAAGAAAGCAUUGAUGAGGCACGCGAAGUCGUCCGAAAUGCCAUCAUUACAAUGACAAAGCUCAACAAAGCCCGUCUCGAUAGCCCCAUUCAUAAUACGUACAGCCUGUACUCUGGUGCAAACUUUACCAGAAGAAACGAUCACAGUUAUCCUCCUCUACUUCAUAUUACUGAAGAAGUUGCGCAUGCCGCCGCCCUUGUCGCAGAGGCAGAUAGGGCAAACCAAUUGGCUACUGGAUCCGCUACACUGACCGCGCGAGCAGAGGGGACGUUCUGGAUGAAAGAUAUCAGACGCCAGGGAACUGUUCCUUGGGGUGAUGAUGCGCAGUAUAAAGUCUUCCGGAAUGUCGUUGAUGACUACCAUGCUGAUCCAACUGGAGCAUCGGAUUCCACUGCUGCCAUCCAAGCCGCUAUCAACGACGGUAACCGCUGUGGUGCAAGGUGUAACGGAUCAACCAGAAAGAACGCCAUAGUAUACUUUCCUCCAGGGACAUACCUCGUUUCCAGCUCCAUCGAAGCAAACAAUUGGCCGACCAUCAGAGCAGCGAGCAGUUUCAUAGGCCUGGGAGUUCUCUCAACUAAUCAGUACGUGGGCGGUACUGGGCCUGACGGCGGUGAUGCCGAGUACUAUGUCAACACCGCGCGGUUCUACAGCCAAAUUCGAAACCUCCGCAUCGACAUCACAUCCACGGACCCGAAUGCGUAUGUCUGUGCUAUUCACUACCAAAUAGCGCAAGCUACUAGUCUGCAGGAAGUGGAGUUGAUUGCCACGACCGGGACUACACAGCAAGGGAUAUUCUCGGAGAAUGGAAGUGGCGGCAUGAUGUCCGACGUCACAUUUCGGGGUGGUAAUUUUGGCUUCUAUGGUGGAAACCAACAAUUUAGUGCUCAUCGAAUGACCUUUAUUGGCUGUUCAACGGCCGUCCAAAUUAUCUGGGAUUGGGCCUGGGUCUGGAAAUCCCUCCACAUCCAAGGUGCUGAUGUUGGUUUUCGUCUUAUAAAUAGCGACGGUGGUGGAAAUAUUGGGUCUGUCUCCUUCGUUGACUCCAUAUUCACUGACGUGACUACCGCCGUAAUCUUAGCACCUGCAUCUCCAACUCCUGGUUCCGGUACUACCGGUUUGAUCUUGGACAAUACUAGGAUCGAUGGACCCAUCGUGGAUACUGCUGGUACGACAUAUUUGGGGGCCGGAUACUAUGACAACUGGGUCCUCGGUGCUACAUACACUGGUGGGACACGGUCUUGGACCUCGGGGGCCUCUAUUUCAUAUCCUCGAGAAGGAUCACUACUCGGGGAGAGGAUUUCUGGUUUAAACAAUCUGCCAUAUUUUGAGCGAAAGAAAACCCAGUAUGCGGAUAGACCCAUCGGUGAUUUUGUCCAGCUUAAAUCCCUCGGUGCUAGAGGAGACGGUGUCACGGAUGAUACGGCUGCUAUCCAACGCGCGUUCAACGACUACGGGGAUGGAAACAAAAUUAUAUUCGUGGACGCUGGCACUUAUAUACUGACUGAUACCGUAAUAGUUCCCAAAGACGCUAGAAUUCAUGGAGAGGCCUGGUCACAAUUUGCUGCUUUCGGGAAUACCUUCUCUGAUGCAAGUAAUCCACGGGUCAUGCUCCAGAUCGGUAAUAUAGGGGACGUGGGAAAUGUAGAAAUGCAGGAUCUAAUUUUAACGACCAAAGGGGGCACGGCCGGGGUGGUAUUGAUGCAAUGGAAUGUUAAAGCAGCCAGACCUGGUUCUGCUGCACUAUGGGAUGUUCAUGCUCGCAUUGGUGGUGCGACUGGAACUUCUCUAACUCCUCAAGAGUGUCCCGCCUUGACAGCAGGGACCAAUCCGGCUUCUUGCCAGGCGGCAAGCCUUAUGCUUCACCUAACGCCGGAGGCUUCAGGUUAUUUUGAAAACAUGUGGCUCUGGGUGGCUGAUCACAUGAUAGAUGACCCUGACCUCAAUGAUGCUUACAAUAACAUGGCGCAGGUUAGUAUAUAUGUCGCUCGUGGAAUGUUGAUCGAAAGUACCUCUGCUACUUGGCUCUAUGGCACAUCCUCGGAGCACAGCGUCUUCUAUCAAUAUAAUUUCCACCGCGCCCGAAAUAUCUUCACCACUGUAAUUCAGACCGAGCCACCCUACUACCAGCCCAACCCUAGACCACCAGCACCAUUCAACAGCCAAGUCGGCCUCUACGAUUCGGAUCCAGCCUAUACCUGCCGCGGUGGAAGAUUCGACGGCUGUGAUGAGGCCUGGGCGGUUAUCAUCACGGAGAGUCAAAAUAUCAACAUUGCCAGUGCUGGUACAUACUCCUGGUUUAGCUCAUACACUCAAGACUGCAUCGACCAUCAUGCCUGCCAGGAGGCCUUGUGGCGCCUCGACAACAACUACGACAAUGUCCGUUUACAGCACAUUAUCGCUAUUGGAGCAGAGUAUAUUUUGGUGUCUGACGGCCAGGGAAUUCUGUCUACUGAUAAUUUGGGAGUUACGGCCCACCCAGCGUGGGCUCAGGUAUCAAUAUUCGAUGUCCCCUCUCAUGGCCAACCGCCACUGAGUGUCUCUCCACGAGUACUUUAA